AUUAUAAUGGGGGUGAAGCUGCAGAUGGCAGAAUGAAUGAAUCUGGAAAAGAUUACCACGAAAGUAAAAUCGAAAAUGAAAAAGAUGAACAAAAAGCAUUUGUUCAAUAUCAAAACCUCAGGAAAAUGAGUUGUGGUAAUGAAACACGUGAUCACAAGUGUGAUGAUAAGAAUAAACGAUACAUUGGAUUAGAAGGAGCAUCUAUGAGUCACCCAAGCACCAUACGACAUUAA